UUGAAGCGGUUGGCUUCCGUUGUUAUCGAGCUAUCUAGUUCGCCCGCCUGCCCAGACGAACUUCUAAUUGCAUAGCGGAGACGGUUGGUGCCCGGCCACGCGGGGCUGGCAGCGGCCACAGCAAGCAUUGUGUGAAAAAUGCCAGCGAGGAAGUUCGCCGAUGAAGAAAUUGUGAUGGGCCGAUGGCCAGGAAGUGUUCUUUUUUAUGAAGUACAAGUAGCUAACUAUGAUGACCGUACUCAUCUUUACACAGUAAAAUACAAAGAUGGAACUGAGCUUCAACUGAAAGAAAAUGACAUGAGGUCGUUGUCUUCAUUUCGGUUUAGGAAAAGCAGCUCUUCCUCAGGUUCCCCAUCAAGACGCAGUGGCAGCCGAUCAAGAUCUGGCUCUAGAUCCCGCUCACCUGGGCGGCCAGCAAAACAUAAACGCCGUUCUUCGUCUCAAAGCAGAGAGCCCAGAAAUGCUAAGAAGAAUACAACUGUGGAACCUGAUUUGAUUCCUUUGAAACUAUAUGAAAACAAUACCAACCGCUAUAAUGGGGAACCAGAUAUCACUGAAGUGAAUUACUCCUCUCUCAAAAUUUUACAGCAUGAAAGAAUUGACUCAGAGAUUGUGCACUUGCAUCCAAGAAAGGAGGAGAAGAAAAUGGAAAAGAUGUAUACAGAAGAGAGAAUUUUUGAGACCUCCAAAACUGUUGGAAGGUUAUGCAUGAAGACAAAAGAACUAGAGUUUGGUGGGAGAAUUGGUGCCUUCUUCAUGAUAUUUCUCAUGCCUGCAACUGUGUUUUAUUUGUUGUUAAUGUGCAAGCAGAAAGACCCUCGUGUUCUGAAUUUUCCUCCUCCCCUCCCAGCUUUUGAUAGCUUAUGGGAGACAAGAGUAUUUGGUGUCUUUCUUCUGUGGUUUUUUCUCCAAGCCCUGUUUUAUUUACUGCCCAUAGGAAAGGUUGUAGAAGGAACACCCCUUUUGAAUGGAAUUAGACUGGAAUAUAGGAUAAAUGGAUUUUAUGCUUUUAUCCUAACAACUGUGGCCUUAGGAAUAUGUCUGUAUUUUGAAAUGGAGCUUUAUUAUUUAUACAACCAUUUCCUGCAGUUUGCGAUCAGUGCUACAGUUUUCUCUAUCAUAUUAAGCAUUUAUCUCUAUGUCCGUUCCCUGAAAUCAUCUGAGGAGGAAUUGUCACCUGGGGGGAAUUCUGGAAACAUAAUUUAUGACUUCUUUAUGGGGCGUGAGUUAAAUCCUCGCAUUGGAAGUUUUGACCUGAAAUACUUCUGUGAAUUACGACCAGGCUUAAUUGGCUGGGUUGUUAUUAACUUGGCAAUGCUCCUGACUGAGAUGAAAGUGCAUCAUCAGAGUAUGCCGUCUUUGUCAAUGAUACUAGUUAAUAGUUUCCAGCUCCUGUAUGUGGUGGAUGCUCUUUGGAAUGAGGAAGCUAUUUUGACAACUAUGGACAUUACCCAUGAUGGGCUUGGAUUCAUGCUAGCAUUUGGAGACUUGGUCUGGGUUCCCUUUCUCUACAGCUUACAAGCCUUCUAUUUAGUGAAUCAUCCUUAUGAGGUUUCUUGGCCUACAGCUACCGCAAUUUUGACUCUGAAUCUUCUUGGUUAUUAUAUUUUCCGUGGUGCAAAUUCACAGAAAAAUGCAUUUCGGAGGAAUCCAAAGGAUCCAAAACUUGCUCAUUUGAAAGUUAUUCCUACUGCAACUGGAAAGAACCUUCUGGCCUCUGGCUGGUGGGGCUUGGUGCGUCAUCCUAACUACCUAGGAGAUAUCCUCAUGGCUCUAGCAUGGUCCCUACCUUGUGGUUUUAAUCACAUUUUACCAUAUUUUUAUGUCAUAUAUUUUAUUGGCUUGCUUAUUCAUCGAGAAGCCCGUGAUGAACGUCAGUGUAAGAAGAAAUACGGCAUAGCUUGGGAAAAAUACUGUCAACGCGUACCAUACCGCAUAUUUCCAUACAUCUACUGAGCUUCUUCAAAAUCACUGGAUGACAAAACACCUUUUGCAGUUAAAUCUUCCUUGUAAUAAACCAUGUACCUCAAACUGUUGCACUUGGUAUAUAUGUAAGUUCUGCUGGAUUUUCUUAAAAGAUAUGUUCAGAUAGUGAUUUAGCAGAUAUCUGCACCAGUAGCCUUUAUUAGGCCUAGCUUUUUCUAUUAUUAACCAUCUGCCUUCUUCAUUACACAAUUCUGUUAAACAAUAAACUAGUUGUGUAGUGAAUGCAAAUCUUUUUAGGCAUUUUGUAUGCCAUGUGAACUGGGUGCCUGAUAGAUAAUAUUCACUAUUUGUUUUGGAAAGUAGGAAAGAGAGGCCAGUUGUAAGCAGGCAAAAUCCUCCAUCCAGUUAAGUUUGAUAUGUUGCACCUUCCUAAACAGGGUAGUGCUGAUUCCAUCUUUCCUAACUGACUUCCUCAGGCUAAUGCCACUAGUGACAGUGGUGUGAGGAGAUGGAACUUACAAGGGGCCAACUCAGGAGUCUCUCCUUUGCCCCAUCUCUCUUGAGUACAAACGGGCUCUCAUUUUAAGACAGAGUGACAAAUGUAGCAUGCCUGAUUUUUAUGUUGAGGUGAUGUAUGUAUCAUAAUGCACUGUGCUAUAAACAAUACAUUCAUGUUGUAAAGGAAUUUUUAAAAAUUCCAUGCAUCUCUUUUCAAGUUUUUCAAGCUUCAUGAUGAGUAGGGCAAGGUGUAGACUGUUGUACAAAUUAUGAAAUAAAAUAGG